UGCGCGUGAGUGUGAGUGUGUGGUUGUUUUUUUUUUUUUUUUGAGUGCGUGUUUGGGAAAACAGGAGAGACAGAAGCGAGGUCGACUUUGAGCAGUGAACUGCGGUUUAAAAGUUAGCCCACAGCGCUCACACCGCGCGACGCCGCGUUUCUUUCUCCUCUCGGUAAACGCGCGCGCAGCCUUGCGAGCUUUUCUUUUCUCCCGCGUAGCGAGCACGAGGUGAGGCUGCACUGAGACACAUCUGUCUGGCGGCAGGAACAGGAAAGCUUCGCUUUGAUUUGACCGGACUGAAACAUGCUCUGAGGGUUGCUGUGCUGUUACACAAGGCCGUUUUGUGUGCUCCUGAGAGCUGUCACUGCCGCUGGCUGGGAGUGUGUGUGUGUAUGUGUGUGUGUGCGGUGCUGCUGGGAGAGAUGGUCGCUCUGAUCAACUCAGGACGCAGCGCUUAAAGUCGAAGCCAGACAUCCCAUGGACUGUGGCCGAUUUUUAUAAAUAAGCAACCCGGCUUUUAUACGUCUAAUUUCUUCUAUUUGGUGGACAGUGCCUGUGUUUUUUUUUUUUUUUUUUUAUAAUCAAGCUUCUGGACAUUUUUUCACAUUUUUCUACUCUAUGUUUGUCUUUGUUUCUCCGAAUCCGCCUGUGCGCUGAAGAGGACAUCAAGGCCACCGAUGUAAACACAAGUGAAACGUGACUGAGAAAGAAAGCAAAGCUGAUAGCACAGCAGCACAUCUGCUUUUCUGGCUUUUAGAGGAAGGAAUAAAACGCAGAUCUCGGCUGUAGUGAUGCUGCAAGUGGAGAUGGUGAUGUUCGUGUGUGUGCUGCUGUGGAUGUGUGUGCUGAGCCAAGAGCCGAGCUCCAAGGUGAUGGCCGACCGUUACGCUGUCUACUGGAACCGCACCAACCCCAGGUUUCAUCGUGGAGACUACCACAUUGAUGUCUGCAUAAACGACUACCUGGAUGUCUACUGCCCACACUACGAGGACUCAGUGCCUGAAGAGAGGACAGAGCGCUAUGUGCUCUACAUGGUAAACUACGAUGGCUACAGCACCUGUGAUGACACAGCCAAGGGCUUCAAGCGUUGGGAGUGCAAUAGGCCACACUCACCCAAUGGGCCGCUCAAGUUCUCUGAGAAGUUCCAGCUCUUCACACCCUUCUCCCUGGGGUUCGAGUUCCGACCAGGCCGGGAGUAUUAUUAUAUAUCAUCCAUGGUUACAGAGAGUGGAAAAAAAGGUUGUCUAAAGCUGAAAGUUUUUGUCAGACCAGCAAAUGACACCAGUCACGAAUCAGCCGAACCGUCUCGGAGUGAUACAUCUAAUUCAGGGCAUCGGCCCCUGCUCGCAAUCCCACUGAUGGCUUUCCUGCUAUUCUGCAUUUCUGCACUUCUCACCUUAUAGCCCUGUAUGUCCUACCUGCAGACAAGUCCCAGCAGCCCCUACUGCUCCUUGCCCCAGCAGCCACAAGGCUUGUAUUGGCAAGAGCUCCAGGCCACAGGAUUCUUCUGAGACUCUCCAGGAGCACUACAUUUGGCCCUUUAUUCAAAUAUUUAAGUGGUCCUUUAUCAAGAAGAAAAGAUUGAUUAGUAGUGUGAGGGAGAAAAGCUAAUCUGGCCUUUAGUAAAAUCAGCGGAGACCUCAAUCAAGUUGUAACAUCACACAGGAUCCAUCCCAAGUAGCCAAGUUUGAAAAACUGUGGUUAUAAGUGUUUUCCUAAUUAAAAUAAACAUGUAUAAAUGUCUACAUAAAGGGUGUUCCCUGGUACAGAUUUAUGAGACAUUGAAGGUCUAUUUGUUUGCUCCUGUCGACUUUUUUUUUCGUACCCCAUAAAAUGUGCAAGGAUCAACAGAUUGUCAAAAUCUAAAUUUGACUAAAACUGUGUAUGACCAGAUGUCUGGAAGUCUGGCGAUUGUGCUCAAAGAGGAAAUGGCUAUGUAUGUUUAUUAUUUGACAUGAUGUUGGAUUAAAAAGGAGGGAGAGGUAAAACAUCAAUUCUCUGCGAACAAGGGACUUAUCUUAGUAGACCACAGCAGUACAACCGUGCUUUUGUAUUUUGUAGGAUAAACCUACUUCAGCAUAAAUAACUCUAUUUUUCCUGUUGGCUUUUAUCUAUUGAUAUUGAAUAGCAACAUUAACAAAUCAUUACUCCUGGUCAUGAUGACUGUGAGUGUGCAGCUCUGUAUAUACAGCACCUCAAGAGCCUGCACAUGGUUGACAUUAUUUCUCCCUAAUUUUCUGGAUGGAAAUAUUAGCAUCUCUUAGAGUCAGCUUUGCAAAUAAGAUCCAGAGCUAGGUCAAAUGUAUUUAAAACUGAAGAAGCAUUUUAUUUUCAGCUGCACUGAAAUGCCCAUUAACCCGUGGAAAGUGCCCACAUAUUCUUCUAUAGCAUUAACAUUAACUUUGACACCAAAUUUCUUUGAGCCUUCUCCUUGCCUUUGCAUGGCAGCCUUAGAUAUGAAAUGUGCUUUCGCCAGGCCUGUACCAGGGAGGCUGACGCUUGAGUGAGACCAGAGAGUGUCAAGUUACACCACUAACUAUUUCCAGUUUUAAGAAACCCUUUAAUGAGGGUUCGAGCUGGCUGGCAUGCAGAGCCUAUGCUGUCUGUAUUUGUGGUAUUGAAACUAGAAGGUUAAUUGCAUGGACAGUGCUAAGGUGACUCAGAUGUCACUGGGACUUUUUAGCCUUGGGGUGAGAACAUAAACUAAAACUAAGAAGGUGUCGUGGUGAAGGCAUGGGGAAUUAGGUAGUUGGCACAAUAAACAAUGGUUGGAACUUUUGAAAUGGUCUGUGUGGUGUGAUUGUUUCUGCUUUUUAAUGCUCAAUAGGCCUGUUUUUUCCCUUUACAUUUCCUUUCUGGGGUGCUGGAGAGGAGGUGCAUUCCUGUUAAAAUUGUAACUGUUUGUGCGGAAAGACCACUCGGGGUGUUAAACCAAUAUAGAUGAGAAAAAAAAUGCCACCACAUGUGCUUAAUUUCAUUAUCCAAAUCUAAAACUAUGGAAGCCUUUGAAACUCUAAUUGAAUAGUAUUUGUAUACCUUUUAUUUAUACUCUUGAUUAUAAUGCAUAUCAUACUUUAUACACACUUUAAACCAGGAAUUAAGGCGCAAUUACAUGGAUACUGUGUAUCCUAAAGUAGUCAAGAUGUCAUUAAACAACAGCAGAAAGCAUCUCCCGUCACAAUUAUUAUUAUUAUUAUUAUUAUUACUAUUAUUAUUAUUAUUAUUAUUGAUAUGUGAGAGUUGUUGUAUAUAGUGUUUGAUAUGGAGGUAUUCAUUUGAUUAAAUUUUUUCUAAAAAAAAAAAAGUAAUAAAUUGAAAAAAGAUUUCUGAAGAGCAUACAUAACAAACUCAGAUCAGCGGAGGAAAACCAACCGGCAUCUGGAGCCUUUCAUCUUUCACAUGCCUGUAUUUCAGAUCUCCUCCCAACGUCACCAUCAAUUGGAAGAUUUAGUCAGAGAGCAGUGGCAGAUUGUGUGUAACUGGAUUCAGUGUUUUAGGGUUUCAUCGUCUAAGAGCAUUUCUUUUUCAGCAUUUUUUUUCCGUGACGAACGUGUCAGUUUCAUUAUGUGGCAUGCGCAUGUACUUGACAAUGAAAAACACAUUUAAAAAAAGUGUUGUUUUUGCUUGUUUUCCCCUCGUUUUGUUUUUUUGUAUGUCAGUGACAUAAAACAAAUGUUUCACUUAAAGUUUUGUCCAUUGAAAUAGGAGCAUUGCACAGAUGAGUAGAUUUGGCCACACUACCCAGCAGGACAAAGGAGGACUAUAUAUACCACUGGUAUGGACUGGCAUGAAGCAUACAGGGAUACAGCAGAGUUAUGUUUGCUUUUUUUGCUUUCUUCUUAUAGGGAGAAUCUGUCCUUCAUUAAAUAAUUUAUUUAAACAAUGGAUUCAUAUUAUUACACAAUAACGCAACACCUGCGAUGCUUGCCCUUUUUUCUCUUUUUGUGAGCUGCAGCCACUUUUGGUUGUCAAUGAGGUGGCCUUUCCUGCCGUAGUCCUUAAAUCCUUUAAAUGCCAAGACCAAUGUUUGUACCAUCCAAUCAUUGGCAACUUUGUUCUGAUUUUUAGGUAUUAUUUUAGUUUUUUGUUUAUCCAACCCUUAAAGAAUUUUCUCAUAUUCCGGGGAUAACUCAUUUGUACAUAUACUGUAUAUCAAACGGCCCAUGUGCUCCUGUUUUAGUUUUUGUUAAUUUUCUUUUCUGUGAUUCUCAUUUUUCUUUCACAUCUCUUGGUGCUGUGUUUGAUCAGCUUUCACCACUGUACAAACAGGAACAGAAUUUUGAAACAAAUAAUAAUAAAAAAAGGUCUGUAUUUGUAUAUACAUGUGUCUGAGCAACUAUGAAUAAUAAUUAAAGAAAAAACA